AUGUCAAAGCAAAAGCGAAUUUGUGUGAUUGGAGCUGGACCAAGUGGCAUGUCGGUCUUAUAUCAAUAUAACAAACUAAAGCAAGAAGGAAAAGACGUCCCGCAAAUUGUGUGCUAUGAYAGGCAGUCAGACUGGGGUGGUCUCUGGUUAUUCUCCUGKGAGACUGGCAUAGAUCAAUAUGGUGAACCAGUGCAUGGAAGCAUGUACAGAGGAAUGUGGUCCAACAACCAAAAAGAAGUUAUAGAACUCCCUGAUUAUACCUUUCAAGAUCACUUCAAAAAACCAAUACCAUCUUUCCUUCCAAGRGAAGCAAUGUUUGAUUAUUUAAAAGGUCGUUGGCUACAAAGCGAUCUUCGACAAUGGAUCAAAUUCAACCAUGUUGUCCGCCAUGUCACCUACAAUGAUGACACUGAUGACUUUUCAGUUGUCGUGAAAAACCAGCCAGAGGACAAAGAACUUCCAGCUCAAAGGUUUGACUACGUCAUCGUGGCUAGUGGUCGUUUCUCUGUCCCUAACAUACCAUACUUCGAAGGCAUUGAUCAAUUUCCAGGUAGAAUCAUUCACUCCCAUGACUUAAGGAAUGCAUCUCAGUUCAAAGGUGACACAAUAUUACUCGUGGGUGCCAGUGUCUCAGCAGAGGACAUUGCAAUUCAGKYAUUAAAGUAUGGAGCAAAAAAGGUYAUCAUCAGCCACAGAACAAGGCCACUAGGAUAUAAAUGGCCUCCACAGAUCGAAGAAAGACCACUUUURACCAAGAUURAUGGCAACACAGUUSACUUCAAAGAUUGCUCCAGUGCAGAYGUGGACUCUAUCAUCUUGUGUACUGGAUACCGUCAUAAUUUAGCUUUCUUGGAGGAGCGCCUACGUCUCAAAGCGACUGAAAUUGAGACUUGGUACCCACCAGGACUUUACAAGGGUGUUUUGUGGUAUCAAGGCGGAAACAACAAGCUGAUGUAUGUUGGGAUACAAACACAUUUAUAUGUGUUUACCAUGUUUGAUAUGCAAGCAAAGUGGGCAUUGGAAUAUAUAAUUGGUAAUAAAAUAUUACCAGAYAAGAAGACCAUGCAAGCUGACGUGGCCAAAUUGAUUGAGAGGUCAAAUAAAAUAUGUGAUGCCUAUGGAAUWCUAGACUACCAAACAGACUAUGUAAAGAGUCUUGCUGAAGAAGUWAAUUAUGGCUAUGAMGUGGAUUGCUCUGAAUUGGUUCGAUAUCGAUUGGGGUAUGCAGCGGAUCACCCCCUGACUUACAGAGAAGAAACAUGCUACGUCAGUAACCACAGCGGAGUCAAGUCUAUCAAACACCAUACUCCCUUCAUGGAGGAAUUUGAUGAAUCCAUGGAAACUUUUCUUCAUAGCAAGAAAUAAAGCCGAUUAUAGGAAUGUACCUCAAAAUAUUAUUAGGCCAACCAUUGAUAUGUAAUAAGAACUUUACUUAAUAAUGAGAUUAAAACAAUCUUAUAAUAUUCUACCAUAAUUUGUUUUAUAAUCCCAUAUGUAACUAAAAAAAAACUGCAAAAGGGUGAUAUCAUCACAACUGACACCAAAGGGGAUUUUAAGAAACCAAAAAACUGMAAUACCGUUAUACCCAUAAUAUUGGCUGCUGAUCUCUGUAUUUGGCUAUGACCAAAAGGACUGGAAAAGUCUAAAGCUAUUAAAUAUGUAAACAAAUGACACUGAAUUACUUUACUACAUAGCAUUGACAUUAUUGCAGCCACCAUUCUUGUCCGCACCGUGUUAUUAUUUUAUAGCUUUGCACAGGAUGUGUUAAUAAUCUUCAGGUUGUUCUCAUACUCAACGUCAU